GCAGGCGCCAGGCAUAGACAGCGGAAGCGGAAGUCUUGACGGGUCGGGUAGAUCUCUCAGCGACCAGGAGCCAUGCGUGGCUUGGAGGAGCCAGGGUCUCAGCCCAUAGCGACCCCGUGCGGCUGCGUGAAGCCGGCUCUGGAAACAGGGAAUCUUUUAACUGAGCCAAUAGGCUUCUUGGAAUCUUGUUUCUCAGCCAAGAAUGGUACUCCAAGGCAGCCAUCCAUUUGUAGCCAUUCCCGGGCUUGUUUGAGGAUUAGAAAAAGCAUCUUUAAUAAUCCUGAACAUUCCUUGAUGGGCCUAGAACAGUUCUCACAUGUUUGGAUUUUGUUUGUUUUUCACAAAAAUGGUCAUUUGAGCUGUAAGGCAAAAGUGCAGCCUCCUAGGCUGAAUGGUGCAAAGACUGGAGUGUUUUCUACAAGGAGCCCUCAUCGUCCCAAUGCAAUAGGACUGACCCUGGCCAAGCUGGAAAAGGUAGAAGGCUUGAGGAAAUGGACAUACGCCAUGGCUGCAGCGUAGCUGUCAGAUGUGCUGUGCGGCAGGAGUCAGGGACGAAUCACACUACAGGAUCGAACACUGGUGGAGCUAUAUACCUUUCUGGAAUUGACAUGAUACAUGGCACACCUGUACUAGACAUAAAGCCCUACAUAGCUGAUUAUGACUCACCACAGAAUUUGAUGGAGCCUUUAGAGGAUGUUAAUUUGCAGAAUAACCAACAUAAACCAAAAACUGUGUCCUGGUCUGAUGGCGAAACUGAUGGUUGUGAUCAGCGACAGCUCUCAGGACUCAAGGAGCCACAACCCCACCAUAGCGCUAAGGAGAAACCUAAACGUCCUGAAGAUAGGACUUCACAAGACAGCUAUGUGAAACACAGCGACACAGCAAAAAUCCAGCAGCCCUCGCCCAAGCACUGGGAGGUAGCAGUGGAUUCUGGUUUGGAAUCAAGAAGUGAUCAAAGUCUAAGUGUGGCAGAAGAGCAGAUUAACCCAGAUUGCCUGGAGAAGAGCUCUUCAGAGGAAGGCAUUGAUGAGAGGCUAAGGGGAGCCAUGGUCCUGCAAAGAGGCAGUACAGAGACCCAGCUCAUGCCUCACCAUCCUGCCAGGACAGCUGAUGGAGCCCCCUGCAGUAUGGUUCCUGCCUGGGUGAGAAAGGCCCCUGUGGCUACAUUAGAAGUGCGGUUUACUCCUCACGCUGAGAUGGACCUUGGACAGCUCAGCUCAGGAGGUGAAACAGAUGUUGGCCAGGCAUCAUUUAAAUAUUUUCAAUCAGCAGAGGAGGCAAAGCGUGCCAUUGAGGCCGUGCUGUCAGCCGAUCCUCGGUCUGUGUACCGCCGGAAGCUCUGCCAGGACCGCCUUUUCUACUUUACUGUGGACAUAGCGCAUGUCACUUGCUGGUUUGGUGAUGGCUUUGCGGAGGUUCUAAGGGUCAAGCCGGCUUCUGAGGCUGUUCAGAUGACUGAGCCUGUGGAGUCCUUGGAGCCUCCAUCGUGUCUUUAGACAUCCUUGUUGACCUUUGGCGGCUUCUGGAUGUUCUGUACAAGCUAAUGCUGUGCAGAUAAGCAGCACUUUGUCAUCUCACUGCUUUGAUUGAUUUGGGCUGUUCAAAAUAUUUAUUUGAAAAACAUGUGUUUCAAUAAACUUAACUGAGAGAUAUAUACA